AUGAAGGUUGUUGCUUUUUCCUGGACGAUCAAGGCGCGAAUGUCGGUGUCGGUCGCAUCAUGGUUGUUAUUAAUGUUGUCGCACGGGGCGAGUCUUGUCCGCGGCGAGGUAAUGAUUACCGAAGUGGCGGCCAAAAGCAGUCGCUCGACGUGUCUGGGCCGCGAUUGGGUCGAGAUUCACAACCCCAAUGCCACGGCCCCGGUGGAUCUGUUUGCCGGUGGCUACGUUCUGCACGACGAUAAGGGCGUCACGAACGAACAGGCCUUUUUCUUUCCUCCUGGAACGGUGCUGCAACCCGGCGAGUACAGGAUUUGGUGUACCAAAUCAGAACCAAUGGAAGAAUCUCCGCAAUUUGGCAUUGGGCGUCAAGAUACAGUGACGCUGGCCGCCGUGUCUUCCGCUAGCAGCAGCGUGGAGGUUGGCACGGGCCGGGCGAUGGGCUUGUACCAAGUGGUAUCUUCGACGGGACCCUUGCCGUACAUUACUGUGAUGGACGGGUUUGAUGUGAGUUACGCCUGGGACUCGACCAGGGGUCGGUACGAAUACACCUCGACCCCGACACCCGGAGCGGGGAACGUCUUGACGCCGGUGGGAUCCACGGCCGAGCAAAUUGCCGCGCUCAAGAUGCAACUCACCGCCCAGAACGACCUGGGUGCUGUCUUUUUCAACAUGGACGACAGUGGCCUGUCGGUACCCGACGGAAUGGACACAGUGUUGGACUUGCGCCUGGUCAUGGUCGAGGACGACUACAGCUACUUGUUACAGAAUGCGUCCUACGAAGUGUAUCGACCCUUCCAGUCGGCCACGGUUACCGUACGGGACAAGCCCGACCAAGUAGUGUUGGCAUUGAACAGCCCCGGACGUGUUCGUCCCAAAGGCCAGUUUUCACUCUACAUGCCCCUGUGCAUUGGGACGUCGAACUUUCCUUUUCAAUUGGACUUUUCCGAUACCAACUCUUCUCAGACCUUGUUUGGGGCGGAGCGGGUGUAUCUGCGAUCUCAUUUUGGAGACAAUUCCUAUGCCCGCGAUUGGGCAUACUAUCGCAUGGCGGCUCGCUUCGGGCUGCCGCACUUGCGGGCCCGCAAAGUGCGCUUCUUCAUCAAUGAUCAAGUGCACGGCUUCUACACUCUUCUGGAAGCUCCCGACCAAGCCUACGUCUUUCAACGCAACUUUCCUCUGUACGACUUCACCAACUACGCGCUCUACAAGGUCAAAACAACGGCGCUGGGGUGUGGUCAGUACACGGACCAGGAGCUCGAAACGGCGCAAGCGAGGCUGGUGAGUUCCUUGGAAGCGACACCGCCGUAUGCCUUUGAACGAGGCGAGCACAAGUCGAAGGUUGUGCCGGCUGCUGCGCAGGGACCAACGGCCCUGACGGAGUGCUUUUUCUCCUUUUUUGGAUCAGUUGCUGCCAAUGAUGCGGACUCGGCCCUGGCGUACCUCCGCUACAACCAGAACUGUGCGGAUAUGCUCGUCGAGGAAGGGUUGGUGGACCGGGACUUGGGUUCCUCCAGCUGGGACUCUCCCAUGAAGAAGUUUAUUGAUGCCGGUGCCUUUGACUACCCCCAAGCCGUCGACGUCACCUCGGCGCCCGCCCUUGCGGAACCGCUGGAUCCGUACGAGUGGAUGGACACAGAUAGCACGUUGAAGAUGAUCGCCUUUUAUGCGGUCGCGCUCAUUAUGGAUUCUCCCAUGGGCAAUGGGAACAAUUUCUAUUGGUUGCAGACCGGAGAGGAGCCAACGGAGGAAGUGGAGGAUGGAAAAUAUUCCCCUACGACUUCAACUCGCCAUCCACUAUUAUCUGUGGAGCCACCUGCGACACUAAGAUGGUGCAUUGAAACAUAUUUGAAGUAUGUGGAGGAGUUUUUAGAAACUGUCUAUGCCAAUGCCACGUUUGUACAAGAACUCCAACAUCACAUCCAAGCCCAAGAUGUCGAUGUAAGAAACGAUAGCUGGAGCGCGGGUGGCAUCUUUUAUGACGCCGAGCAGUCCCCCGAGGCUUCCCAGUGGAACGAUUCCAUCCCCAACUUUCCUUUCCUUCCAACAAUGAAGGCCAGGGCGGCAAGUGUCCGAGAGCAGCUGGACGCCAUUGCCGAUGGGACCUUUCCGCGAGGCGCCCACGGCGUCGGCCUGGGUGGUGACUAUGAAAUGUGGGAGUCUUGUCCGGAUUGGCGUCUGACAGAGGCCCCUGGCAGUGAGUGUCCCCAGAGCUGCCGAUACGAAGGCUGUCAUACGCCAGGUUGGAUUGUGGAGAGCUCCUGCGACGUUGCGUCCAAAACCUGUGUCCGUGGCAACUUUGAUCCCCUGUGCAAUGGCGUCCCGGAUGGAGGCAGAUACGAAGGGAUGGAAGAAGGUCCAGGGAUUGUGUGUUUCAACGUGAAUGGGUUUGACACAAAGAUGGAAUCAUGCCCACCAUUUGUAGAAGAAGAGGAGGACGAUGAAAUAGUGGAAGAAGGCAUGAGCCACGCGGGCGUUUUGAGACCUGCUUUAUACACCGCCGUUUUGGUGCUUGUUAUUCUUUCCCUUCUUUCAUAA